GUCUCUCCCUACAGACGACUUGGACCAAUGGCUCCCCGACAGACUCCGAGGAGCCGUUCCGCACACAUAGAAUGAAGAAAUGCGCAAGAAGAAGAAACGGUUUCUAAUCCUUUUCCUAGAAUCCACUGUGAACACCCCUGUAUGUGGAGAAUCUGACUGGAGAGUGCGGGAAUUGAGAUAGAAUGAAUGCAACAGGCAAGGGUAUGGUCGCCCUUUACCUUCACAGGCGAGGAGAGAAAUGGGUGUGGCAGAGUAUUGCUGAGGAAGCGGAGCAGGAACGUGUUGCAGCAUUUAAACAGGGCGGGAUAGUGCACUUUAGAAAUCAAGACGGUGUUCUUAAGACAGCUGUUAUUUUCUCCCUAAGCUGUGGAAUGGUGGGGUUAUCCAGAGCUAUAAGAGCUUUUGAGGACAACAACAUGAAUUUGGUCCAUAUUGAGUCUAGAAAGCAUAGGAAUGAGAAGGACUUUGAAAUAUAUUUGGAGAUCAACAGUGAAAAUGCUAGAGAUUGGGAUGAUAUACAGCAUCUUACUGAAACAUUGAAGGGUAUUGAUCUCGGUCUAGUGGACAGAGCUCCUCUUGUUAAAGAAGUUUCGGAGGAUCUUGGGAUGAUCCAUUUUCCUAAGUGUAUUGGCGACUUGGAUCUCUGCCAAAAGGUUCUCAUGUAUGGGACAGACCUAGAUGCAGAUCAUCCUGGUUUUAAGGAUCCGUUGUACAGAAAGAGAAGGAAGUUUUUUGGAGAUUUGGCGCUCAUCUACCGACAUGGACAAACCAUACCGAGAGUCAAGUACACGACAGAAGAAGUUGAGACCUGGGGACAAAUACUACGAAAAUUAAGGGAACUUCAUCUCAGAUAUGCAUGCAAGGAAUUUCUUGAAAACUGGGUGGAACUUGUGGAUACUUGCCAUUAUAGAGAGGAUAAUAUACCUCAGCUGGAUGAUAUCAACAGAUAUCUUAAGUCUAAGACAGGAUUUCAGAUCCGCCCAGUAGCAGGAUAUCUUUCUCCAAGAGAUUUCUUGGCUGGCUUGGCCUUCAGAGUGUUUCACUGUACACAGUAUAUAAGACAUUCCAGUGAUCCCUUCUAUACACCUGAGCCUGACUGCUGUCAUGAACUAUUGGGACAUAUGCCAAUGUUUGCGGAUUCAAGCUUUGCACAGUUUAGCCAGGAGAUAGGCUUGGCAUCAUUGGGAGUGUCUGACAACGAAAUCUCGAAACUCGUAUCAUGUUACUUCUUUACGGUCGAGUUUGGAAUAUGCAAAGAAGGGAAUGAUUUCAAAGUAUUUGGAGCUGGCCUUCUCUCCUCGGCUGCAGAACUAGAACAUACAAUGCAGGGAAUACAGGAUGGCAGUGUUUCACUUCUUCCCCUAGAGACAAAUUCAGUAUUUUCUGCUGAAAUUAUAGUCACAGAUUAUCAACAUCAAUACUUUUGUACAGAGACUAUAGAGCAAGCAAAAGAGUUUGUGCGGACAAUUGCAAAUUCUUUAGAGAAACCUGUUCAGUUAAGGUAUAACCCGUACACACAAUCAGUAGAAGUUUUGAAUAAUUCAGACAAAAUCUUUGAUAUGGCCAAGGAAUUAAGAGGAGGACUCUGCAUUGUAGCAUCUGCUUUAAAAAAGAUUCAAGAUAAGGAUGGAGAGGAUAUUGAUCCUGAUAUUGUUGCAAAUAUACUUUCUAAAGGUUUGGAUAUAACACCAUACGCUUCUAGAGCUGCUUCACCCAUUGGUAGUCCUACUGAAACACAAAAACCAAAGUUUGCAGAUUGUUUAGCAGUGCCUACCAUGUAGAAAAAAUAUUUUGAUUAAAAGCCUAGAGAGUGUAGAGGAAGGUAUCUCUAUCUUCAUUUUUUUAAAACUAAGUGAUAAUGCAGGUACUCCUAUUUCUUCAAAUGAACUUUGGGGUAUGAGCAUUUUUUUUUAAGAGGGGUUGUAAUCUGUCAACACAUUCAUCGGUCCACGCUUCAUUUGUUCUGAGAAGAGAGUUGACAAGAUUCCAGCUGCCUUGGGAUUGCUUAGGCCCGACUCCCGAGAAUAGUAUAGAGUGCAGGAAUUCUUCUUAUAUACUGGAAUGAGGCCUGGGUGCCUUACAGAAAGGAAACACCACACUCAUUGCUCCUAAUCAUUUGUCCACCCAGAUUGAAUACCUCUAGGUACCUAUGGCUGGCAACCAUCAACUCUCCCUACUUGCCCACCUUUCCUCUCUUUAGUCUUUAUCAUCAUCAGGGGGCGGAAACGUCA